CGGCAGCACCACCCCUCGACACCCGCAACCCCCCGUCGAACAUCCGCAAUCAUGUCUGCGCCGUCGCUCGCACCCUACAUCCUCAAGCGCCCAUGGCUCCAGCGCUGGAUGCAGCCGCUCGCCAACUGGUACUGCAACGCCUCCGGCUACAGACAGCUCGGAUUGAGAGCCGAUGACCUGCUCCCCGAGGAGAACGACCUUGUCCAGACCGCCCUGAAGCGCCUUCGACCCCAGGCCGCCUACGACCGUGUCUUCCGUCUGCGCCGUGCGCUACAGCUCUCCAUGUCCCAUCAGCUCCUACCCAAGGAGGAGUGGACCAAGCCGGAAGAAGACACGCCUUAUCUCCAGACCCUCAUCGAGGAGAUUGAGACCGAGAUGGCCGAGCGCGAGGAUCUCGAAUCCCUGGUGGUUAGCAAGAGGCAGAGGAACGCAAAGAGUGGACACUAGUCGAUGUACAUAGGGAACCUGGGAAUCUGGAAUUAGGAGUAGUUGUUUGCGAAACAAGUGGAGCG